GGAGAGGCUGAGGGUUGUUGGACUCGUGAGUUUCCAAGGUGUUUGUGCGGUCCUGGGCGAGGGAACACUCAAAGACCCCUGACGAGGAGUCCCUCAGUCGUCGUUCUCCUCAGCCUGUGUUCGUGCCGGACUCGGUGCUGUCUCUACCCACACUCCCGCAACACAAAAUGCCCUUCAAUGGUGAGAAGCAGUGUGUGGGCGAGGACCAGCCAUGCGAUUCUGACUCUUCCCGGUUUUCCGAGAGCAUGGCUUCUCUCAGUGACUACGAGUGCUCCAGGCAGAGCUUCACAAGUGACUCCUCCAGCAAAUCCAGCUCUCCGGCCUCAACGAGCCCUCCCAGGGUUGUGACAUUUGACGAAGUGAUGGCUGCAGCAAGGAACUUGUCAAACAUGACUCUUGCUCACGAGAUAGCUGUAAAUGAGAACUUUCAACUGAAACAGGAUGCCCUCCCUGAGAGCAGCUUGGCCGGUCGAGUGAGGCACAUUGUCCAUCAGGCCUUCUGGGAUGUCUUGGAAUCAGAACUGAAUGCAGAGCCUCCCGAGUAUGAACACGCCAUCAAACUGUUCGAAGAAAUCAGAGAGAUUCUUCUCUCUUUCCUGACUCCUGGUGGCAACAGGCUUCGCAACCAGAUUUGUGAAGUUUUAGACACAGACCUCAUUAGGCAGCAGGCUGAGCACAGUGCUGUCGACAUCCAAGGCCUGGCCAACUACGUCAUCAGUACCAUGGGAAAGCUGUGCGCCCCUGUGCGAGAUGACGACAUCCGAGAGUUGAAGGCUACCAGCAACAUCGUGGAGGUGCUGAGACAAAUAUUCCAUGUCCUGGACCUCAUGAAAAUGGACAUGGUGAAUUUUACAAUUCGGAGUCUCAGACCACAUCUUCAGCGCCAGUUGGUAGAUUAUGAGAGAACCAAGUUCCAAGAAAUUUUAGAAGAAACUCCAAGUGCUCUUGAUCAAACUACAGAGUGGAUAAAAGAAUCUGUCCAUGAAGAGUUACUUUCUCUUUCUGAAGCUACUUUAACGCCUGGAGCCGAAAACAACUCCAAGCCAAGCCUGAGCCCUACGUUGGUGCUAAAUAAUAGUUACUUGAAACUGUUACAGUGGGAUUAUCAGAAAAAAGAAUUACCAGAGACACUCAUGACAGAUGGAGCACGUCUUCAGGAACUGACAGAAAAGCUGAAUCAACUGAAAAUGAUUGCCUGCCUGGCCCUUAUCACCAAUAACAUGGUGGGUGCUCUCACAGAAGGCCUACCUGAGCUUGCAGUCAGACUAAAAAGGAUUUCAGCUGUUCUACUUGAAGGCAUGAACAAAGAGACCUUUAACUUGAAGGAAGUCCUGAAUUCUAUUGGCAUUCAGACUUGCGUUGAGGUUAACAAGACCCUAAUGGAGAGAGGUUUACCAACUUUAAAUGCUGAGGUUCAAGCUAACCUUGUAGGCCAAUUCUCAAGCAUUGAAGAAGAAGACAAUCCUAUCUGGUCUUUAAUUGAUAAACGAAUCCAGCUAUACAUGAAGAGCCUGCUUUGUCUGCCAAGCCCUCCAAGAUGCAUGCCUCCCGUGCCAGGAGGCCUUGCUGUCGUUCAGCAAGAGCUGGAGUCGCUAGGCUCGCAAUACGCAAACAUCGUGAAUCUCAACAAACAAGUGUACGGACCAUUUUAUGCAAAUAUACUCCGAAAGCUGCUGUUCGGUGAGGAAGCCACGGGGAAGGCAGAAGCUUCUUCAUCUACUAACUAAAGAGGAAAUGACACUGGCAAAGAGAUUGGAAGCCCAGCACUUAGGUACCCAGUCUGUUUCCACCAGCGGCAUUACAGAUGGGGCACAUUCUCGAUCCUGUGUGAGGCACAGUGUUAGCCCGAAGUUGUGUAACCCAGUAAUGUCAGCAUUGCAGAGACAUGCACAUCACAAUGUCCCCACAUGUGCACCAUUUUCGAGUCCUAAAGAGACUUUUUAACGAACAGAAAGCUAUUUGUAUUUAAUUUUAUUACCUAUAUAAUACUUGUAAAUGUUUUCUUAAGCAUUUAUAUCUGGCUUAUUCAUUCAACCCUUAAGGAGUUGUAUUUACUCACCUGUUACUAUCAGAUCUAAUGAUUUUUUUUAACUUUGGUACAGCUUCUUAAAGGGUUGAAAGUUGUGAUCAUAACCAAGUGGACUGAUGUUCUAAAUAAAUGAUGUGAAGUAAGGAUAAUUGUAUUUGAAAUGUACAAAUCAAAUUUUACUCAUAUGUAAUAGAAACUUACAUAGUCCUCAAAUUCUACAAAUAUACCUAAUCACAUUUGGUGAUACCGAUGGUCAGUAUUUGUUUAGAAUUUAAACGUAUUAAAUACAUUUUUAUGCUAUGUACACAUUUUAGAUAAAACCUCCCUUGAUGAUUUAAUGGAAACAGAAACAAACCCCUUCUAAAAUCUCAUUCUAGAGGGUGGAUUCUUCUUGCAACUUAUGCUGCUCUCUGAGAGAAACACUUUUUGCACACAUCUCUUUGUGAAUGUCCUUGCAUUUCUCAGGCCAUUGGUAAGGUUUAUAUACAAUUUUAAUAUUUUUACAUAAGGCAGGAGCGGUUUGAAUUGGUAACUUGAAUUUACUUGUAAGAAAAAGUUGAUAAAAUGGGACCCCCAUUCUCAGUGAAAUUCACAUCUGAAAAAGAAACAGAUGUACUUUGGAUUCUUUUUCUUCUUUAAGCAUAUAAUGUGCUAGCAAAUGCCUUCUCUGUGGAUUUAAUUCUUACCCCACCGUGACCAAGAAGCUCUUCUCAGUACCAUCAUCAUUUGCCAUUCUUGUGCAUUAAACUUUGCCACGCUGGCACUGCUUGUCAGGAUCCUAGAGAAAUCUGCUUGUCUUUGAAUUACAUGCUUCUGAAGUGUUGAGGGAAACACUACUGGAUAAUGCUUUAUUUGCAUAAAAUGCAUUUUUGAUGGUUUGAUUUUCUGAGGACUCCUUGAAUCUUAGCGGUCUGGUGGAGAAGAGCAAGUAGGAAGAAAAAGAUUAAUCCUUCUUUCUUCCUUACCUCCUCUUCCUCACCAUGACCUCUACCAUUAUGGUGCUACCUAGUGAUUUGAUGAAGGCCUGGGAAGUUAUUGUGUGGAUAACUUAUCUCUGAUCCUUACAUUUUGGAGGGAUCUGCCAAAUUGAGGAAACGUUGAACAUCAGCUUUUUUCUCCCAAUGACCAAUACAUAUAUCACCAUUUUGUCCAUUUGAGCAGCUAUGUAGAAGUGGAAUUUACUGAAGAGCACAUCAUUGGUCUUACCCAUUUUUUCCCUCCUCCUGUAUGUCCAUUCUGCCUGUUUCCUGUGCUUAGAAAUCAUAAGGUGCUAUAGAUUUUUAUUUGCAUUUUCUCUUAAGUUGAAAUUGUUUUCAACUGUUCACUUUGGGGCCUGGAUAGCACAGAGGGUCUGAAAGGUAGCGUGUAAUGUGAUUUUUUGUCACUUUCCCAGUGAACUGUAUAUAUAACUAGAAGACCAGGUGGUAUACUUUUUUACUAUCAGAUUGGAAUCUGGCUGGUAUUCUUAUAUACUUGAUUAUACUAUAGUUGCCAGCAGGAAAACAAUGUGCAAACAUUUUUUUUUUUUGAUGCAUUUUAAAAUGAAGGGCAUUCUGCUUUUUUUUUUAAGUGGCAAAGUAAAUCUCAAUGUCCCAUCUGGAUUUAAGCAAGUACAUUUAUUAGGAUUCUUAAAUCCUGUCCCUUAGCAUGUUGUUUAUUUGGUUUUUACUUAAAUGUUUACUUCUACUUUUGAGAAUUUUCUUAACAUGGUCUUGUUUUGUAAUGUCAAUUUUCCUAAACACCACACACACAUUUUCAUUCUUCUGCUAAAACAUGUAUU